ACCAAAAUUGUAGCUUACUAAACUUAUGAGAAAAAGCCCCCUCCUGGCAAUUAACGGACCUCAUCGGUAAACUGUAAACACUCCAUCCGCCAAAGCAACGGAGGUGAAAAUGGCGGCCAUCUUGCUUCUCCUUCUCAUGGCUCUUCUCUCCAGGGCAACAGGACAUGAGGUUAAGAGUUCAAGUAACUUUCCAUUAGUAGUGAGCACCUGGCCCUUCUUAGAAGCUGUAAGAGCUGGAUGGAGGGCUGUUAAUGGUGGAUCAUCUUCCAUUGAUGCAGUUGUUGAAGGUUGUUCUACUUGUGAAGUGCUUAGAUGUGAUGGCACAGUUGGACCUGGUGGAAGUCCAGAUGAGAAUAGUGAAACAACAAUUGAUGCCUUGAUCAUGAAUGGGGCAACAAUGGAGGUUGGAGCUGUUGCAGGCAUGAGAUAUGUGAAAAAUGGCAUCAAAGCUGCAAGAUUAGUAAUGCUUUACACACAACACACUAUGCUUGUGGGAGAUCAAGCUUCAGCCUUUGCCAUUUCAAUGGGUCUUCCAGGACCUUCAAAUCUUAGCUCAACAGAAUCAAUGGAAAAAUGGAUUAAAUGGAAAGAAAAUCAAUGUCAACCUAAUUUUAGAAAAAAUGUUGUACCUGAAAACAGCUGUGGUCCUUAUUAUAGGAAAAAAGAUGUAAAUGUUGGUGAGAAGACAUGUUUGGUGGAGGAUGUAGCAGAACAUAUCAGAAUGAAAUCAUCUUAUGUAGAUUUUCACAACCAUGACACCAUAUCCAUGGCAAUAUUUGAUAAAUCUGGACACAUUGCUGUUGGCACAUCAACGAAUGGUGCUAGUUUUAAGAUCCCUGGCAGGGUUGGUGAUGGACCAAUUGCUGGAUCUUCUGCAUAUGGUGAUGAUGAGGUUGGAGCUUGUGGUGCAACUGGUGAUGGUGAUAUUAUGAUGCGUUUCCUGCCAUGUUAUCAAGUAGUGGAGAGUAUGCGAUUAGGAAUGGAGCCAAGGGUUGCUGCCAAAGAUGCAAUAUCUCGAAUAGCAAAAAAGUAUCCAAAUUUUGUGGGCGCUAUUUUUGCAGUGGAUAAAAAUGGCACGCAUGCUGGUGCGUGCUAUGGAUGGACUUUCCAAUACUCUGUCAGAAGCCCGAGUAUGGAUGAUGUGGAGGUCAUCACUGUAUAUCCUUAGACCAUAUAUAAUAGGUCUAAGGAUGAUCUUUUCCACAUUUUUUUCUAAAUUUCUAAACCUCAUUUAUUCUUAUUAGAGUCUCCAUUUGUGAUAUGAUUUCUGUCAACUUUAAUACAGUCAUUGUGUUCUUUGUAUAAGCGUUUGUUGUGUAAUGUUAAUUGAACAUUUUUUUCUCUUUUGGACAA